GGAAGUUCAUCAGUUUUGAUCAGGACACCGCAACAGUUGAGGCACAUUUUUCACCGACCAUUAUCAAGUCGAAGCGUUUUCCGUAACUAUUUUCGGCGAGUAAAAAUCCACGAGAUAGAAAAAAAAAUGGAUCUUCGGUUGUCACUGCUGGUGAACCUUCUCCUGAUCUUAAUUGUAGCAAAGGCUUCGCCAUUUUUUUCGCGCAAUGAUAGAUACGAAAACGAUGUUGAAAUUUCAAAAGACAUAUUACCUCAAUUGUCGCAUCUCGAGCACCUAAUGUUCGGUAUUCCUAGCAACGCGACCGGUGAAAAAGUUGCCGAAUGGCACAUCGGAGCCGAGAUAAAUCCCGAAGAACUUGGCGAAUACGCCGAGGGUGACAUCCUCUUUCCACGAGGAUUGGGACGCAAUGGAUUGUCGGCUGAGAGUACGCGAUGGCCCGGAGGCGUCGUACCUUAUGUGAUAAGCCCUUAUUUUAAUCCGAGCCAGAAGGGAAUGAUCUUAGAGGCGAUGGCCCAGUAUCACGAACAUACCUGCAUCAAAUUCAAGCCUUAUCAAGGGGAGGAAAGUGACUACAUAAGAAUAACCGCCGGUAACACUGGAUGCUGGAGCAGCGUCGGUCGUAUAGGUGGAGUACAAGAUGUUAAUCUUCAAAUUCCUGGAUGCGUUACGAAAAUAGGAACUGUGAUACACGAACUGAUGCACGCGGUUGGUUUUCUUCACGAGCAAAGUCGAUACGAAAGGGACGAUUUCGUCACGAUUGUAUGGGAUAAUAUAAUGCCAAAUCGAAGGGGCAAUUUUGAAAAAGCAACUAGAAAAUCAUCGAACGCUUUCGGGGUUGGAUACGACUAUGGCAGCGUGAUGCACUAUUCGGAAAAUGCAUUUACCAUUAACGGUCGGCCGACCAUAGUUCCCAAAGAACCUGGCGGUCUCUUGAACCUUAUCGGCGAAAUGUUUCAAGGAAAAACUAAAGUCCAGCUGGGACAACGCGAAGGUUUCAGUAAGAAAGACAUUCAAAAGAUUCGUCGAAUGUACAAAUGCGGUUAUCGAAAGCGUAGCUUUUUCAAUUAAUCUCAUCAAUGACACAUUCAAUGGCAACUACGCGACACGAAGAUUCCGGGGCUCCAACAAGGAAAAUCUCUUAUCAUCUACUUCAUGAGAUCUCGACGAGAUAGCAGAAAAUUUGCUGGCGAUCUUUGAUGCUCUUCUUGAAGAGGUUGAUGAAAAAAACAACGUUCCAUAACGAGUCUACAUGACAUCUUUCUUCCCAAUUAUGGCGUCUAACGUGUGUUUGCUACCCUCCGAAGGAUCUGCUGCUCCCUAUGUCGUGAGGAAGAAAAAAUGAUCGUUACGAAAUUUCGACUCGGAACGUACCAAAAGCGUCUGAAUCCCAGGCUCGUAUAUGAAUAAAAUAUUAAAAUAAGCAACGCUAAUGAAUAUGGCGGAUCCAAUGAAUGUAAGCUAUUUCGAUUCUGUGACGGAACCGAUAACGCUAUCAGUAUUAAUAUGCGUGAAUUGUCAUUAAUAAAGUGCAAAUUAAUUGAGUCACUA